AUGGCUCUCGACGCACAGAGUAAUUGGAACGUAGAGAUGUCGCAGCCUCUGAAGCUGUCCAACGCAUCUCAACAGUCAAAGCCUGUACCGGCUCCCGAAUCGAUGGCAGAGCUUUAUCGUAAAGCCCCCUCACAAGAGAUUCUUCUUCCUUUGGAGAUAGUCUCUCACAUCCUCUCGUAUAUUCCCCGUCGCGAGGACACUCAGUCUACUUUCUACUCAUGCACGCUUGUAUCCAGACUCUGGUAUUCUGCAUCUAUAUCUCUUCUAUACGAGCGACCAUAUCUCAGCGGCGGGAACUUCAAUGUCUUUGUCACUACCGUCUGCCCCUCCAAAAAUGCGCAUGUACGGCAAUCCGCACUCGCUCCCCUGGUCCGACGGCUUGAUAUGGGAGGAUUGGUACAUAACAGUUCUAGAAGCUUGACUGCACGAUUACUGGGCCGACUGAAGGGAAACAUCGUGGAAUUUGUGGCACCACAAGCCUCGUUCGCUAUAAAUUCCUUUCCCGCUCUCAGUAGAUGUACUCAACUUCGAUACUUGGACCUCUCCCUAAUAUCCGCUUCCAUAUCGAAUCGCUUACUGUUUCGAGCCCUCAAAACUCUGCAACAUCUGGAGACAUUACUCUUUCCGCGUACUUCCAAUAGUGACUUAGACAAAAAUGACGAAAUAUGCGAAUGGCCGCCCAAGCUCCAAGGUCUCCAUCUAGCGGGCGGAGUUGACGAUCACUUCCUUCGUACGCAUCUUCUCAAUGUUCCGCCGACACUCUCCCGUUUCAGCAUCCAACACUGCAGCAUGGUAUACUCACCUGCGCUUCUAAGCACUAUAGAGCAUCUUGGGCCUCAACUCCAACACUUAACGAUUCGGCACCCAAUGAAUCGUAUGGGAGUUGGGGCAUUGGAUUACAUCCUCUUAAUGUGUCCCAUCUUGACCGCUUUCCGAAUAUCCGCCGAUUUUAUCACAGAUGCGUUAUUUGAAAAUAUACCCCAAGAUCAUCCACUGCAAAUAUUGGAUCUGGAUUGUAGCGGGACAGCGGGGACCGAGGUGAACAUUACUGCUGGGGCAGUCUAUGAAGCGGUAGAAGAGGGCAGGCUGCCAUGUUUGAGAAGUGUGAGGGUUAAUGCUAGAUUGGCUUGGAAUGCGACGGAGGGGGGGAAACAGGAUAUAAGUGAUUGUGAGUUCCUCCAUUGCUCUUCUACUGCUCUUCAUGCACGAUUUUACGUAGAAGCCAACGCUAACACGACUGCAGUGGUCGAUACAAUGGAGGACCUUGAGAAUGAAACUCCACUUGGUAUAGAACCAAUAGGUGUAUGGUUUUCAAUGGAUUGA